CAUCACUCCACCCCUAUAACCUUUCUGGUACUAGGCUCCCUAGUUCCUUGGCGCCUGUCCCCUUCCUCUGUAUCUGGCUCUCUGGGCUCCAGUCCUGCAGCCUUCCAGACUUCUUGGGCCUGCACUUCUCCUUCGGAUGGCUCUCAUGACUCUUCCCCCUGCAUUCCUAAUCUCUGCAGCUCCUGUGAAUCCUGUCAGCAUGAAAACUCUCUGCUAAUGCUGGAAAUGAGGAACAGUAGCAAUCUACAAAGAACAGACUCGUCGGAAUCUACUGAUUCAGGCUACUGUCUGGAUUCUCUCGAUCCUUUGAACUCGGACAUUGAGGAAAACUUUGAGAAAACAGUUAUAGAAUCUAGCAGACUUACAAAUGUUCAGCUGCCCAUCAGAAGAAUACGUUCUCUCCCGCAGAAGCUGCUGGGGUCUAGUCCUGCUCUGAAGAGGAGCAACUCCGAUUCAUUGGAUUGUGAUGUUUUUCACCUCAUUGAACCAGAUGACAACAAAGAGAAUGAGUCUUUUGAGUUUAAGAAGCCAACCAGGCCCGCUUCUCGUAGUUGUCUGCGUGUCCGUUCCUUUGAGGAUGGAAAAGAUGUUUUUGGGCAACGGCAGAACUCUGCCCCGGCUCGGAUGUUUCCCACUGGUGAAGCCCCUGAAGGCGACCUGGAAAACUAUAGGCCUGCUUUGAUGCAGCAGUCAUCUCUAACGUCCAGUGAGACUGAGGAAGAAGAUGAUGGGUUCCUAGAUAUAUUGGAUGGUGAGGACUUGAAGAACAAUGAAGAGAUGCCAUCUGGUGUGGCGAGCCUUUGGACUGCUCCCCUGGUCAUGAGAAAAGCAGACAACUACAUGAAAAGGUGCAGAUUGUUUGGGUCACCAUCUCUGCCUAAUGGUGUGGCUAGGACUGCCCUGAAAAGAAUGGAAAGGUCCCAAGAAGAGACCUCUUCAGAAAACAGCAAAAGGAGAAAAAAUGUGCCUGGAACACCUUCUGAAGAAGCAACGAAUCUAAAAUUAAUGAGGACUCAGUCAUCCUCCGAGAUCGAGAGCAUUUUGGACAGUGACCAAAGGAAUCUUAUUGGUGACUUCUCAAAGGGUUACCUUUUCCACACUGUAGAUGGGAAACAUCAAGACUUAAAAUAUAUUGACUCAGAAAUGAUUGUAUCUGUGCUGACUGGGAAGUUUGCAAGCUUCAUUAAGGAGUGUGUGAUAAUUGACUGCAGAUAUCCAUAUGAAUAUGAGGGAGGCCAUAUCAAGGGUGCUGUAAACCUCCACAUGGAAGAGGAUGUGGAGGAUUACCUGUUGAAGAAGCCUAUCCUGGCAUCAGAGAACAAACGAGUAAUAAUAGUAUUCCACUGUGAGUUCUCCUCAGAGCGGGGUCCCCGAAUGUGCCGGUUUGUGAGAGAGAGAGACAGACUGGGGAACGAGUACCCCAACCUGCAUUACCCAGAGCUCUAUGUACUAAAGGGAGGCUAUAAGGACUUCUUCUUAAGAUGCAGAAAUUAUUGUGAACCCCAGAGCUACCGUCCUAUGCACCAUGAGGACUUCAAGGAAGACUUGAAAAGGUUCCGCACAAAAAGUAGAACAUGGGCGGGUGAGAAGAGCAAAAGAGAACUGUACAGUCGCCUGAAGAAGCUCUAAGGACUGUAUUCGUGAGCAGGAGAAGACUGUGUAGGAAAACUGAAGUUCUAGGGGGGAAGCGUGUAUCUGUCUGUUCCUUAGUCCUGACUAUUGUGCACCAGCUCGCUCCAUGGACAUCUUUGCAUUUGUCUUGCUGGAAGUGAUCAGAGAAACAACAUGGAAUGCUUGUAUUCACCAUGUUGCCCUAAUGAUCGACAGGCUGACUGCAAAGAUGAGACUUUUCUGUAUGCCUUUCUCAAGAUGGUUAGUGGAAAUGGCUUUUCUUCUAUGGCGCACACAGGAACAGCUACCCAACAGCUGUUCUAUAGGUGGGAUGGCUUGAGCUGGUGUAUGCCAUGUAAGUGUUAAUAUUGAGAUGAUUUUAGUGCCUGUUUUAAAACUAUGCCUUAUUUUAUUAUUUAAGUACAGUCGAAUGAAGCUAAUACCACUGCAGUUGAGUCAUCUGGAUUGCACUGAGACCUCGUUCUGCUAAUAGCCAACCUACCAUGGGGUUCUCGAGUCUUUCCUUUCGACUGCAGCUCUGUUCUUUUUGUUGUUGUUGGCAGUAUAACACCAAGUGAAGUGAAACAGAAAAUGGUGCUUCCUUAGGAGGCUUUUCAUACAACUAGAAUGCAGCACCUCCCGGAAGCCUACUGACAGUAUAAAGUGAAAGUGCUCAUUGUGCAGAUAUCAUGUUUUAAUUUAUUGUGUGGUCUAGGUUGCUUUAUUUUUUUAUUUUAGCUUCAGGAAUUUCUCCUUGGCUGUUUCAUUAGAUCUAAAGAAACCAUUUCAAACUGGGCAGGAUUACUGUCCAGUUCCUGUAAGCCAGAGAACAGGUUGCUUUUGGUGAACUCUGAAAUGCCAGGUGGCAAACCUGAUUAUGUGUUUAGCAUUGCCAAAUCUAGUAGUGAUGGAGCAGCAUGUUGCUGCUCCUUCCAUUUCUAGGUGGUAUCAUGGUUUACGUCUGGAAGAGAACCUGGCUAUGUGGAAUCAUGCUUCUCCCAUCACUUGCAAGUUGAUUUGCUUUUCAGUGAAACUUCAGCCGCCUCCCACUGUGCAUCCGUUCUAAACCUGCUUCAGCAGCUGUGGAUUUUUAACUUCAGAGGUUUGCAACUAGCUUGUUGGACAAGUCAAGAAAGAAGCCCACAGCCAAUGAGCUUUUAACAUCAGUAGAUAGCGGAUAAGAGGAACAUCUUUCAAAGGCCAACUUUGUGAUCUCCAGUUAAACAGCUAAAUCCAAGAAAUUAGCUACCCAAAGCAGUCUGAGGAGCCCAUGGCAAGAGAUUGGGCCAAUGUUAAACUUUGUUCUAGUUGCUACUUUGGCAACAUGAAAAGCAUAUCUAGCAAAUGCUGAAGCAGUCUAAUGACUUUGCAUGUGAUCUGCCUCUUGCUUUAAGCACAAUGAGAUUGUAGUGCCUAGUUUGGCAGUGGCUCCACUUCCCCAUGUACCAACAUAUCAAUGAAACCACCACUAAGAAAGCAGCCUGCCUUUCCAUAGAUUCUCAAAGACUCUAUCUUAGCAAAAAUCCAAAGUAUUUCAUGUGGCUUGACUUGAGACCUUCAGGUCACGUUACAGAAAGGGUGAGAAGUUUUCUGCUGUUUUAUUUUGUUUUUAAGUUUCCCGUUUCCUGUUCAAGUUUUAUUCCUUUGGGUUUCAAAAACAUUAUGUAACACUUUUAUUUUUAUUUUAAAAAAAAGUUAAGUCUUUUAUGGGUGGAUUACGGAGUGUUAAAUCAGUGCUGAUGAUUACCACACUUAUAAUCAAAAACAGGAGUGAAGUUGUAUUCCACAUUCUUGCAUGGUAUUUUAUAUUAAGAAUUUCUUUCAGAAGCCCAGUGAAAUGACUUAAAUGUAAACUUUCUGAAUUAUGUGUCUGUAUUAAAUCUGGGAAGGGGAAAGCUGUUCUGAAAUCCAGUCGGCAAUCCUCUUGAGUGAAGCCACUUUCUGGUAUAUGAUUACCUUUGCUGUGUGCUCAUGAUCAGUAUGUGCUAAGAAUUGGCAACUUAACAACAUAGUAUAGUAUAGUAUAUCUGACAUACACACACAUUCGCAUAGGACAGCAUGGCAAGCAAUUGUUAUGUAUAUAACUAUUGUGAAGCUGCAAGCCACAUCUGAUAAAAGCAUGUGGGAGACUAAGGAACAUUAUAAUGGGUUUUUUCCCAUUUGAAAGGGAUCAUUCACCUUUGUGCAACAAUAACCAUAAUAGCAAUCUGUGGUUUUACAUUUGUAUUUCCUGAGAAUACCCUCAACUUCCUGGCAUUCAGGAUAUUAAUUGUGUGCUGAGUAACACUGCUGUACCACACUGUUAAUUAGUUGCAGUGUUCGCCUUGAGUUAGAGUUCCAUGUAACCUUGUUGCGGGGGGUGGAAAUACAAAACCUUGUUUUAUACCCGACUUUGUUCUUUUGUAUGCAUCCUGUUUGAGGAUUUUGUGCGAGUGGGAGGGAAGUUGUAAGAUUUGUAUGGUCCUAAGUAGGAUCUGUACUAAAACAGCUUGCAUCUUUAAUAGAUGUUUGCAGGCUGAGGGAAUAAACUAUCUAAAAUCCAA